AGAUGGCGGAUCCCAUAUGAUUAACACGUGAAAUUUGUAAACAUUGACAAUUUUGACUUCGUUUUAAUAUGGGUGACGAAAUAAAACAUUUGAGAGAACUUGAAACGUCAGUUUUAAGUGUUACACCGAAGAAAUCGACAGAUCAAUCGAAUGAUCAAGAUAAUAAUGAGAUAGUUAACUACAUCCUGUGUGGGGAUUAUGAUAGGAUAUUUCACCUAGCUAUUGUGAGAGCUUUACUAGACAACAGUCACCAACAACCACUUUCUCAAGUAAAAGCUGCUGUAGCAGAAAAUGUGAAAAAGGUCAUCACCCAGACAGACAAACAAACAGUAGAAUGUGAGUUGGAAAUACUGUGUGUGGCCAUUGCAUGUCUGCAGACCUUUGUUUGUCAAAACUGGCUUGGACCGUCAACUGGAGUAUCUGAUGAAAUCGUCAAACUUCUGUCAGGUUCCAAAGAUGUGACCCAGUGUCGUAGGAAGAUUGCUCAAGAGCUGAUGUGUGAUGGAGAGGAAGUGUACAGUCUGUGUCAGGGAAUAGAGUUCUUGUUUACAGCUCAGUGUGUUCUGGAGAGCUGUAAAUCUCACUGCCAGAACUUACAGACAGUGGAGUGGUGGAUGCUGAGGAGUGUGUAUGUGUAUCAACAGAUUCUGGAGGAUAAGUGUGCCUCCCUCAGAGAACAGAUGCACACUCUGAUUGAUACAGUCUCCAAGAAAGAGCCAUUGAUGACAGAUGAUGCUAACAGGGAGCUAGUGGUCCAGUAUCACAUGGAGGUUGGUUACAUCUGUCACACGUUCUAUGAUUACAAGUUGGCUCAUGAACACUUAAUGGCGGCCAAGAAAUGUACAGGACUACAGAUCAGUUUAACUGGUGCUAUGGGAAAAAGAACAAGAUUUCAGACAGACGACAAAGCUCAGCUUCUCCUUAAAGUCACAAGGGAGGGAGGCCCAAAAGAGGAGAACUACAUCAAAACAAGGAUUCCUAAGAUUUUGAAUUUGGAUGAUGACACAGUGUUGGAUAAAAUUAGUUUGACUGAACCGGACACAGAGUUUGCAGUUGACAUGUCACCUGUGGAACAAGCCGUUGUCUUAGCAACCAUGGAGGAUCAUUUGCGGACGCAUGCCAGUCAGGAGAAGCUGACAGAGGAGGAGGCAGCAGCACACAUAGAGUGCAUCCUGUCCCAAGCUAAAUGCUGGAGUGUGACCUUGGCCUCUCUGUAUCGAAGGUCAAGUCUCGAGAAAGGAAGCAGGCGGCGAGUGGAGAGAUCCAUGAUGCAAAUAGAGGAGAUCGUGAAUCAGAGGAAGUCCAGUGAUCCCCCGGCAACAGAGCGACUUUACUUGUUUUAUUCUGUGAAGAUUCCUCCCCUCUGGAAAUUGGAGAGGCAGCUGGCAGAGCUCCUAUUAAGUAUCGGGGCGAUCGGCAGCGCUGUAGAAGUAUUUGAAAGACUACAACUGUGGGAGGAUGUAAUCAUGUGCUACAAAAGGCUUGGGAAAAUGGGAAAGGCCGAAUCUAUAAUUCGAGACCAACUAGCGAUACAGGAGACCCCUAACCUGUGGUGUUUCCUUGGUGAUGUGACAAGAGACAUCAGUCAUUAUCAGAAGGCGUGGGAGAUGUCCGGACACAGACACGCCCGCUCCCAGCGGUGUCUGGGCUACCUCUACAUGGGGCAAGAGGAGUAUGAGAAAUGCAUUGAGUGUUUCCAGAAAUCCCUCAGUAUUAACUCGCUCCAAGUUCCUGUCUGGUUUACAUUUGGUUGUGCCUGUAUGGCGGCCAAGAAGUUCCAGGAGGCUGUAAAAGCCUUCAAACGAUGUGUUAAUAUUGACACUGAUAACUUUGAGGCCUGGAAUAACAUGGCAUCAGCCUACAUACAACUCAAGGACAAGAAAAAAGCCUUCCUGACAUUAAAAGAAUCCAUAAAAUGUAACUAUGAAAACUGGAGAGUAUGGGAGAACCUUUUGGUGGUGGCCACGGAUUGUGGUGAGUUCCAGGAGGCCAUUAAAGCCUACCACCGACUGAUUGACCUCAGAGAAAAGUGGGCGGAUAUUGAGGUUUUGAGAGUUUUAGUGAAGGGCUGUACAGGGGACUACAGGGACUCCCAGGGAAAUCCUUUUAGUCACCACAAGCAAGCUCUGAAGGAACUGUUUGGAAGGAUCACCUCAAAGGUUGUGGGUGAGAGUGAGAUCUGGAGGCUGUAUGCUGAGUUAAUUAACAGUGUACCGGGACAGACAGCGGAAACCCAACAAAAGGUUUUACAGUAUCUACAGAAGUCACAGAGAUGUUUGACCCAAGAAUUAAACUGGGAGAAGUCAGUGGACAAAUGUAAAAAUGUAGGGGAGCAGUCGUUGGAGCUCGCUGAUUUGUACUUGAGUUUCUGUGAUAAAAGUUUAUCCACACAAGAAUCACUCUCUCUACUGCAGUCUGCUAAAAUGAUGCUCAAAAGCACACAGGCCAAAAUCAAGAUGGCUCAUUUGGAUCCCAUGACCGAAUCUCUGCCGGAAGAACUCAAUGAGUUAGUCAACAAGAUGGAGACAAAGCAACAAGAAAUCAUCUCUUGUGUGAACAAGCUUAAACAAUAAAACUAUCAAAUCAAA